AUCACAGGCACGUCCAAGGAAACCCAGCAGAAGACAAUGAAACGGAAUGUCUCUGCUUGCUGCCUACUUUUGCUUGUAGCACUCCAUUUUGCUGCUGGGAAAUCUGGUUUAGAUUUACAGAAUUGGAAGCAGCUGCUGGAAGAGGAGAACAACGCGGCUCCAUUCUACACAUCUGACGAGCUGGAGGAGAGAGAUGGACCUUCGGAGAAGUCUUUGUUCGGAGGUUCUCCCGUCUUGCCCUCGGAACCUGAAAACUCUGCGCUGGCGGAGAAACACAGCAUCCUCGCUCAGCUCUUUAAAGACUUGACGCGGACGUCAAAGCGCUCGUGGAGCCGCUACAAAAAGGGCGGGAUGCGCAGCUGCUUCGGGGUUCGGCUGGACCGGAUCGGUUCCUUCAGCGGGCUAGGCUGCUAGUGG